CUUCGAACAUCAUCUCACAUUGUUUGAACAACACCACGCUCAGAUCGUCAGUCGCCAUGGCGCCCCGCAAGACCACCGCUGGCGACAAGAUCCCGAAAGCAAAGAAAGCAUCCAUUAUCAAAAAGAGCGAAGACAAGGUUAUCAAGCGGCCCGCCCGCGGAUAUCACAAAUUUCGGAAUGGUCUGCUGAAUGUCGCGCCCAAAGGUGAUGAGAAGGAACUCACCAAGCAGAAUCGUACCUCUCCACUUCUACGACUACCGCCUGAGAUUCGCAAUAUCAUCUGGAAACUUGUGUUAGGCGGAAAUGUAUAUCGCACGUGGUUGUGUGGCCGCCUUGAGUCUCCAUCGCCAGAGCCGAAGAACGUCAUGGCGCUUCUGCGCACCUGUCGCCAGGUGUAUGCAGAAGCUGCACUCAUGCCGCUCACGCUUACCAUAUUCACGACCGAUUAUAUUCCGUACGCAGCAAGGGAUCUGAGGAAGCUGAAGCCACAACAACGCAGAUUGAUCACGUUCUUUCAGAUGGUUAUUUCCCAUCCCAACAGCAUAAGUUAUCACUACCUGAAAUACGGCUUGAACCUUGCAAAAUUACUCCCUUGCCUCCAAGAUCUGCAUAUUCGAGUGUUCGAGGUCUUAGAUACAUCAACUCAAAAGGUCAACGAGGAGCGGAUACGUAAGCAUCUCGAGCCAGGUCUUCAUGAAAAGCCGAUCACUAUAAAGAUUGAACAGACCGAUAAGAAGUGGAUCAACGUCAAUGAUGCAUAAGAUGGUCUCUUCCGUGAAGUGGACGGCACCUUGAAAUUCCUUGUUCUUUCCAUUCAACAAGUGACCGGGGUGGUCGCGAGGACCUAAGGUCUCAAUCCGUAUGAUUGGAAAAACAAUGCAUAUGUCAGGCUAUGCUGGGGUGCGGGUUUAUAAGCUUCUGAUUCUGAUUCUGAUACAUAGCUUAGAGAUG